CCAAUCGGCUGUACACAAGCGCAAAACACUUCCGCGAAGGUUUUUCUGGAAUUUGCCCAGUUCUUGGACUAGUGUUUUCUGAAUAGUGUUCGGCACCCGUUGAUUUCAGGGGCGUGAAGACCUUACUAGUGUUGUUAGUUGGAUGAAAAGACUCCAUUGGAGUGAGACAGCUCGAUGAGUUCUCCGCCUCCCAGCUAUAACCAAGCCACUGGCCCUGGUUACCCCUAUGGGGGUGGUCAGACAGCCUUCAACAACCCUUCACCUAAUGCCCCUUACCCCAGUCAAGCAGGGUAUGGCUAUGGUGCCCCAUCCCAACCUGGACUUGCAGGCGCCCCUCAACCUGCAGGCUAUGCGCCCCCUCCUGUGGCUGGUUUCGGGCCCUCACCUGGAGGUCCUCCACAGCCGAUGUUCAUGCCCCGCAUACCACCCCAGGGGCUCAACAAGCCGGAUGACAAUGAUUCCCAAACAGAGUGGAAUUCGGAAAUGGGCAACAUGAGGUCAUUCUCAGAUAAAGCAAUCAGACAUGCCUUUAUUAGAAAGGUAUACCUGAUACUUCUUGUUCAGCUAUCUGUCACCGUUGGAUUUGUCUGCCUUUUCCUGUUUCAAGGUUCAGUUAAGUAUUGGGUGCAAAGAAAUGGCUGGUUUUACUACGUGUCCUAUGCCACCUUUCUGGUGACUUACAUCACAUUGGUAUGCUGCCCUGGAGUCAGGCGGAAGUAUCCCGGGAACUUCAUUUGUCUUGCAGUAUUUACGCUUGCCUUCAGCUACAUGACAGGGACCAUUGCAAGUUUCCAUGACACCAUGAUUGUAUUGUAUGCUGCCGGAAUCACGACUGCAGUCUGCCUGUCCAUAACUCUGUUUGCCAUCCAGACCAAGAUUGACUUCACUUUGUGCAGUGGCUUGAUCUUUGCACUGAGCAUGGUGUUAUUUUUCUUCGGCAUAGCUUGUAUCAUUGUGUAUGGUGUGGUGGGCCCAGACACAGCCAGGAUCUUACAGUGUGUGUAUGGAGGACUGGCAGCUCUUGUGUUCUCUCUGUUCCUGGUGUAUGACACGCAGAUGCUGGUGGGUGGCAGGAAGCAUGAGCUGAGCCCAGAAGAGUACAUCUAUGGAGCCCUGCAGCUCUACCUGGAUGUCGUCUAUCUGUUCCUUAUCAUCCUUUCUCUGUUUGGCAAGUCAGACUAAUAAAGCACCACAUAGCAAGACUAAAAUACUGAAUUAUGUGAAAAAAGGAAGAUAGAUAAAAUUAAGUUAAGGACAAUAUGCUUUCCAGAUUGCACACUCUUUAUAUAGGAUUUUUUUCCGUGUUAAAUAGUCACUAUGGAUAAUGUAAAAGACACACAAGAGUAGAAUUUACUAUGUGGUUGAAGUUUGAGAAGGUAUAUUGUGUAUAUUUUGCACAAAUAUGUGUAAACUUACUAAAGGGUACACAGGCUCCAGACUUCAGAAUCUGUAUUACUACAUGUAUUUAAUGUGCGCAGUUUUGUUCAAUUAGCUUUAUCCCAUACAGUCUGUAUUUAGUAUUUCUGGUACUAAAAUGUAAUAUUUCUACAUGUGCUUAUUACUGUAGGAUUUCAGUGUGAGAAAGUCUUAGUAAGUUGUGAUAGAUUUGCUAUUUGUUUUCCCAUUCAUUGUGCCAUUGUUUCCUCAUCCAUUGUUGUAUAUUGAGUUAAAUGUGUAUAUACUGUUAUAUAUGUAUCAUUCUGACUAAAGAGAACAUUUUUUAUCUGUUCAUGUUUAUUGCUUACGUAUUGAGACUUGCACUAUAUCUGGCUGUGAGUUUAGCUUCUCAUCACUUCAAAUGUUACUAUAAAAUAUAGACCUAUUUGCCUAUUUUACAUUUUUGUGGGUUUUAAUCCAGAUUUUGCAGGCUUUAAUGUGUUACAUACUCAUCCAUGCUAUAUUGAACACUACAUUCAUACUAGAUAUUGUGAUCAGACCAAAUCUAUUAUAUUGUCACAUUGGUAUAGAACUGUUUCUGUGUAGUGUUCUUGCUCUCGUGAUCUAAUGGGUAAUAUUAUUCUAUUUUUCUUGAGGAAGUCUUUCAACUAGAAUGUGUAUGCCAUGUUGUACAUAGUACAAUGAUUGCAAUGAAUACAGUGUAUUUUAGCCAGUUGUAAGUGUUUUUUCAGAGUUGUAAAUGAAAGCUUUGUCGGCAGGAUCAUACAACUACUAACAACACAGAAUAUAACUUUCAUCAGGUAAGGAUAUGCUUAUACUUACUCUUUUUACAUGGUAAUUUUUGUUAUUAAACUGGUCAUCAAUCUGAAGAUUAGUAUUUUCCCUCUAAUUCUCCUAUUC